AUGAAGUACGGCGAGCAGCUCGAGCGUGAGUCGGCUCCCCAAUGGAGUCUCCACAACCUCGACUACAACUCCCUCAAGCACGAAAUUAAAAUGCACACCACCCGCGAUCAGGCUACCGCCAUGACCAUUCCUGGCUACGAGGAUCCCGCUCUCGCAAAGUUUGAAAACGCCCUCUUUGCCGAGCUCUGCCGCCAGCACGACCGUGUCGACCUCUUUGUCACGAGCAAAGCCGACGAAAUUCUGCGUCGAAUGGAACACUUACAAGCCAGCACAACCCGGUGGAUCUCAAAAUACGACCAAGAAGCCCCGUCUCACAAUCUCGCCAUGAAGCGCCAACGCCGCUUUGCCAAAUACGAGCGCGAGCUUCUCAACUGUGGUGACGACAUUUAUGCCCUCGAGCGCUUCUGCAAGGCCCAGGUUACGGCCUUUCGGAAAAUUCUCAAAAAAUACAAGAAAUGGACCGGCUCAACUGCCCUGCAAGCCCGCUUCAACGAUCAGGUUCUCGGCAGCCUCAAGAGCUUCACCCGCCGCGACUUUGCCCCCCUCCGCCAGCGUCACUCAGACAUUCUCGCCGCCCUCCGCCGCGCCGCCCCCGCCGUCAGCGAGCCCAGCUCACCUUCUUCCGUAGAGCUGCCUCCCUCGCCCGCUAGCACCGCCCGCCGCGUCUCCCGCGUCAACUUUGAGCCCCUACCCCCGGCCGCCAGUUCCGCCUCCCCGCAACACAAGUACUGGAACGAGUACGAUGACGGAAGCGAUGCCGGAGCCGACGAAGAUGACGCCUACGCCAUCUACGUCAACCCCGACGACGAUGCCGCCUUUCCCGGCAUCGGCUACGUCAACUCCAUCGUCACCAUGCCCUACCACAAAAUCCGCGGCUGGUUCAAGCUUCGCGAUGAGCACCCCCGUCGACCUCUUCUCCCUAACCGGGGCCGUGCGGGCUCCGACAGCUACUCGUCCACCGCCCACACCGAAUCCGACCACGAAGCCGGCUACUCGAGCUCCGACGCCCUGCUCCCCACCGCCGGCUACACCACCCACUACGCGACUUUUCCCAGUAUCAACGAGCAGCACAUCCGCCGGUACCGCGAGCGCGUGCUGUCCUGGGGCACCGUUGCCUGCUUUGCCGUCGCCUACAUCCUCAUGGGCGUCGCCGCCAUACUUAUCUCAACAGGCAGACGGAGACUCCGCGUUGAGGUCGACGUUGGCGUGACCGUCGGCGUCAUGAUGAGCCUGUGCUUCUCCUGCGCGGGGCUCGGCAUGACGUUGCACCGUCAGGAUGAGCUGGCUUUCAUCACCCGUCUCGCCGUGUGGCUGUCAUUUACAGCCUCAUGUUUGAUUAACGGCAUGCUCUUGAUUCUGGUCGUGGGCAACACGCCGUGA